UACAUAAUUCUGUCUGGAUAUUUGUGGAAAUCUGUAAACUACGUUGAACUGCGGUAAUGUCGAGAGUGUGGGAAAAGAGGUCACUUCAAGAUGAAAUGACAUUAGGGCCAUGAGAAAUAUGCCUUUGUUGUUGCUGAUUUUUUUUUACUGUAAGUACCCACCGUGAAAACCAAACAUGAGAUGACAAACACAUGAAACAACACCAGCAACCCGCUUUAAAGUUGGAAAGUUUUGGUUGACAUAUUUCCACUGUGGUAGUACAGUGAAGCGCCAACAUAACGAGAGGCCAAUCAGAUUGCUCUGAAAUUGUUCCCUCCCAUUUCAUAUGAUUAUAUUAAGGUGAAUCAUCUUCUCAUACGAUCUAAUUCAACUGCAGUCUCUCAUGUGGAAAGAAAAUGAAGAUCAUAUUUUUUAUUCUGCUCGUGCUCAAAAUUGGACGAUGCACAGACGAUCGCAUCUUUGAGACAAAGACCAUUGGUGUUGGACAAAAUGUCACUCUAACAUGUACCCGCGACAGAUUAUGGCAUACAACAUACUUAUUUUGGAUCAGGGUCGUUUCUGGAACCUUUCCUGAAAUAUUAGGAGGAACAUUAGCCUUUGAUAGCGAGGUUGUUGAGGAGACUGAUCGUGUUACAGCAACACAAGAGCCUGGAGCAUUUGUUCUGCAUAUUACCAAAACUCAGUUCAGCGAUACUGCGGUCUACUACUGUAUAAAAGUGAGACGAAGCCACAUGACAUUUUCGAAAGGAAUAUUUCUGAGAAUCAAAGGACCAGAACCUGAUAUCACUGCCGUCACUCAAGACUUUCCAUCUGAUCCAGUCCGUCCAGGAGACUCAGUGACUCUGCAGUGUUCAGUCCUCUCUGACUCUGAGAAGAAAACAUGUCCAGGUGAACACAGUGUGUUCUGGUUCAGAGCCAGAUCAGAUAAAUCUCAUCCCAGUUUAAUUUAUGCCCAAAGGAACAACAGUGAUGGAUGUGAGAAGAGCCCCAAGGCUCGCUCUCCACAGAAAUGUGUCUACAGCUUCUCUAAGAACGUCAGCUCCUCUGAUGCCGGGACUUAUUACUGUGCUGUGGCCACGUGUGGGGAGAUAUUAUUUGGAAAUGGGACAAAACUGGACGUUGAAGUUGGCAGCACGUGUGAUUCACAGAACGACAACACGAUUGUCUUUCUGUUAUGUGCUGCUUUGGCUAUCAGUCUGAUUGUUAUAGCCUUCCUUGUUUAUGCCAUCAGGAAAAAAUCCUGUAAUUGUUGCAACGCUGCCGCCACUCUGCAAACAAAUGCUGCAACAGCCAGUGGUAAUCAGCAAAAUCAACAGAGAAAUGAGGACACUUUGGUUUAUUGUACACCAGUCUUUACCAGGAGGAAAGCUGGCAAUGCAGGGAGAAGGAAUCAAAGAAAGGAAGAGACGAUCUACACCGAUAUCAGGGCUUUUGUGAGGGAUCAACAAUCCAAAUACUGUCUCCAGUGGAUAAACCAGAUAAUGAUGAUCGUGUUUUAUUUUCUGCUGAUGCUCAGAGUCGGGCGAUGCACAGAUGAUCAGAUCUUUGAGACAAAUGCUGUUGGUGUUGGAGAUAAUGUGACUUUGACGUGUCCUCGCCAGGAAUCUCUGUCCCAAGAAACUUUGUUUUGGGUCAGACUUGUUUCUGGAAACUUUCCUGAAGUCUUGGGAGGAACAUUUACUUUUAAUUAUAAGGAAGUUAAUAAGAAUACUCGCUUUACAGCAGAACAAGGACCUGGAACAUUUCUUCUGCAUAUUCAUGAAACAAAGCCAAGCGAUACUGGAGUUUACUACUGUAUAAAAGUAAACCGACUCAAAAUUACAUUUUUGAAAGGAACAUUUCUGAGAAUUAAAGGACCAGACCCUGAUAUCACCACAGCCCCUCCAUCUGAUCUGGUCCGUCCAGGAGACUCAGUAACUCUGCAGUGUUCAGUCCUCUCUGACUCUGAGAGCAAAUGUCCUGGAGAACACAGUGUGUUCUGGUUAAGAGUCGGAUCAAAUGAAUCUCAUCCCAGUUUAAUUUACGCUCAUGGAAACAGUGAUGAAUGUCAGAAGAGCCUCGAGGCUCGCUCUCCACAGGAAUGUGUCUACAACUUCUCUAAGAACGUCAGCUCCUCUGAUGCCGGGACUUAUUACUGUGCUGUGGCCACGUGUGGGGAGAUAUUAUUUGGAAGAGGAACAAAACUGGACGUGGAAGUUUCAGGACUCAACAUCUGGGAUCUGCAGAAGGCCAACACAGUUCUGAUUCUCUCAUGUGCAGCUUUGGCUAUAAGUCUGAUUGUUAUUGCCUUCCUGAUUUAUACUAUCAAGAUGAAAACUUGUGAUUGUUGCAACGCUGCAACAGCCAGUGGUCAUCACCAAAGUCAGCAGGGAGAUGAGGACUCAUUGACCUAUUCUGCUCCCACCUUCACCAAGAGGAAAACUGGCAGAGCAGAGAGAAGAAAGGUAGAAACAGCAGAGGGAGAGACGAUCUACACUGAUGUCAGGACUCGAGUGAUAGAUUAACAAUCUACUGGAUCUGCUAGUUAAAGAUAGACUGUUGUAAAUAUGCUGCUUCACAUCAAUUUUACAUCUGAUAUCGGUAACGAUAUUGUAUUUGGAUAACCUUAAACAUGUUUCAUGUAUCUUUUCGACAUUAUUUUCUGUCCCAUCCGUUUGAAAUCAUUGGAA